UUGUCACAAGUCCCAUUAAGCUUGUAUAUAAACCAAUGUAUGACCUUAUGCAGUUGCGACCGCCGUAAAACUUUUAUUUUAAAACUACCCUGCCCUCACCUCAACCAGUUGUCAGACCGCUCCAGCGGUAGACUUUCAAUUAAACCGGUACCUACUACUAUGCUCCCUUGGAAUGAUUGUAAGCGUACCGGUAUAGGUCAACUGAUUUUGAAGUUACACCUAAGUAGGGUAGUGAAUUGAUCAUGGAUGUGUCAUGACGUGUAGUCUGUGAUUAUGUUAAACACAAACGAGACAAGACUCAAGGCCCGCUGGCAACAAUAAACCGAAAAGCUCGCAUUCAGAAACAACAUUAGGCCUAUUGCAGCUCUUUAAAAGGAGAACUGAGAAUGUGAAGGUAAAUUAUGUUACUGUUUGUGGAGUACGUCUCUCCUGGUAGUCCAAGAGACCUGUACACAAACACAGAGUACAGAGGGUGUAGUGAAAGCGUGCACGUACCUCUUGGAAUCGAUCGUAAAUUCUCUUCCCAGCUCUAUACACGCUAUUCAAUAUAAACCUUCUCUUCGCUGACAGGCUAAAAAGCAAAUCUAUCAAUAGGCUUUUUAUACCCACCUGCGCCAUAACAUUUUAGCAUUUCUAGGCCAUUUGGAAUGAGAAAGGUUAUGAGAAACUGAUAAAUUGACUACAUCUACUUCUGUUUAUCCUAUGUCAAAAUGAAAAUGCAACGAGUAGGGGUUGCUACGCAAAGCUACGCCUACCAACGGUAACACUAUACAUCGAAAAGUGCUGGUUAGAUGUGUUGUAUCAAACGAACCAUAUAUAGGGGUUUCGCCGGCUUCUCCUUCUUCAGACAGUAAACUUUUAUAGAACUGUUAGCCGAAAGAUUUGUACCUAUCUACAUACCGUGCGAGGAGGACAAUAUGGGUUGCCAAUCCAGCUUCAAGAGUGCAGGGAUGAUGACCAUCAUCACAUUCUUCGUUGUGCUGUUAGCCAACUUCUGCAAUUGGUUGUCCUUCACGACAACAUCCUGGCUGGUGACUGACUUGCCGUCAGACACCAACGGUGACGUGAAUCUUGGACUGUGGAGAAGGUGUCGGUCCAAGCUCAUUGGCUGCGACAAACUUGACGGCUAUGCUGACC